AUGGGAGACUCGGCUGAAGACGACAAGUGGUUAUACGGAACUAAUGAGGACAACAACGAAGAGACGAACCGUCAUAACAAUGAGACCGACGAUAACGACAACAAAGACACCAACCAUUCGGACCGACGACAGAGCGAAGACUUGUCGCAGAUCUUUGAUAAUCAGUCUUCGGAUGAUUUCCGACAACUGUUUGAAGUGUCGAAUGCGAGCGAAGGACCAAAUGCUGACCAAUCGAUGGAUAAUAUAAAGGAAGAGAAGGACUACGAGUUCGAGUCCAACGACAAGGAGGCGAACGCAGAGACCAAUGAUAACAAGGACUCGUCCGAUGAGGACGACGACGAAGACGAUGACGACGACGACGUUCAGGUGACCAUCGGUGACAUUAAGGCCAACACGUCGUCCUUCCCGUACGGAUCGGCGCCAAUGAAUCUGAAUAUCACCAAAAGGAGCGCUAACUUCGCCGCCGGACAGACGGGCGCCGCCAACAAACCGAAAGCCGGUCUCGACAUCGAAGCUCUCGGAACCAUAAAUGGUGUCAACAUUUAUGACGUGAAUUUGGAUAAUCUCGAGGAGAAGCCGUGGCGCAAACCCGGCGCCGAUAUCACCGACUACUUUAAUUACGGUUUCAACGAAGAGAUGUGGAAAUUGUAUNCCAACAAACCGAAAGCCGGUCUCGACAUCGAAGCUCUCGGAACCAUAAAUGGUGUCAACAUUUAUGACGUGAAUUUGGAUAAUCUCGAGGAGAAGCCGUGGCGCAAACCCGGCGCCGAUAUCACCGACUACUUUAAUUACGGUUUCAACGAAGAGAUGUGGAAAUUGUAUUGCGAGCGGCAGAAGAAACUUAGAAAUCAUGACUUCCUGAACGCCGUGCCGGUGCCGACCCGACCACCGUUGGCACACCCGCCCGGCGCUGCGGUGGGCGCUCCAGGGGGUGCCGCCGGUGCUGUCCCCGGAAAACCCGGCGAACAAACGAUACCAAUCGCAUCGAUAAAUGAGAACUCGAAGUACACGGGCGCCGGUCUGACUAAGAAGGCCGGCCCUCCGCCCGGACGCAAACAAUCGGGAACUAUUGAAGUGAUCGGCGGCGGAGGGUCUACCACACCAAAUAUGCUGCCCAGCCGUCGACCGCCCGAAGCAAAAGAGAACACGAGUUUUAUUCAAGUUAUCGGCAAUAUAGGCAACCGUCCGCCCGGCCCUCCCGGUCCGCCGCCACCAGGAAUGCCACCCGGAAUGCCGCCCUUCCCUCCCAUGUCAAUGCCUCCUCCAUUCGGAUUCCCGCCGCCAGGCGUUGACUUUCCUCCGGGAAUACCUCCGCCAGGAAUGCCGUUAAUCACUCCUAACGGUCAACCCAUGCCUUUCCCUCCGGGAGAGUUCCCGAUGCGGUUCCCACACCCGGGAAUGCUUCCGCACCCGAACUUUGACGACCAAACCGAUGGCUAUCACGAGGGUAUGGGAGGCGAUGACAGCGGAGACCGGGAUCGCGACAGAGACAGAGAUCGCGAGCGAGACUAUCACCGGUCGGGUCGCGGAUAUAAUCGAGAUUUUAGAGAAGAGGAUUCGUUCUCUCGCGGUCGCGGCGGCGGUCACUACAGGGAUCAUCACCACGAGAGGCAGGAGAGACAGCCUUCAGACAGGGAUUACGAACAUCACGAACGCUCUCGCGAUCGAGACGUCGAUAAAGACUAUGAGAGCCGAAGACAUCGCGACAGAGAUAAGGAGCGAGAGAGAGAGAAGAGUGAGUCUCAUAGAGAACGGGACAGAGACUCGUCCUCUUCUCGGAGAAGACAUCGCGGCGACGAACACGAGUACGAAGACGAUCACAGCAGUAGGUCUUCGUCGCGACACAAACACAGCAAACGAUCCAAAAGAGACAAAGAAGAAGAGGAGAAGGAAAGCAAACAUUGA